AUGACACAAUCGAAUGACGAGGAACGAAGCCCACCACCUUCAGAGAAUUCAACAAGACCCAGUGCAAUCAUGGACCCGUUACAAUUGGUCUCAUGGGUGGCCGACACUUUGCAGCAAAUGAGGGACAAUCAACAAACGACAAUGGACGCCCUACAAAGUCGAUCCCAAGUCACCGAGUCGAAUGGUCCCAAUGCUCGCACCUCCGAGGAUCCAAUGCCAUCUCAUUCUACGGCCAUCCCACGCCCAACCAAACGAGACAAUAACUCAUCCCGUAUCAAGAUCAAAAGACCUGACAAGAAGGACCUUUACUCUUUCAUUGAUCCUCAGAAUCGGCUUCAACCCAUUGAACGCAACACCCUCUUAGACACUAUCCUUUCUAUCGCCAAUGACGCGGUUAGGGACCACUCUGCACUUUGCGGCAACCGGUUCGAAACGACAUGGGUGGGUACACCACACAACCACCGCGCCACUACUAUCAAAUUCUUUGAGAAUACUGUAUGGCGGCAAAAAGGAGUGGAUAUUUCUACAGCACAAUGCAGCUGGUUCGCUACACAUGUCUUAAUGAAAAGAGAAGCUCAACGUCACAUCACAGUAACCUUGCUACACAAGGCGGUGGUGACAAUAGCGGGUCAACUGGCACAAAUCAAUCAGGGAGGUGAGUAUGAGAAGAAGUGUAACCCUGAAGAUCCUUUUUUUAAUGUCAAGCCAACCAUGGAUAGCUUUGUGGUCGAAUCACCCAAUGAUGAAAGGAGCGUGGUAUCAAGUGGAGGUGUCAGCGACAUGUUAGCAAGCAAUGAGGUCCCUACAAUCGUUGAACAGCACCCUCAAUCCCCUUUGCACGAUAUGGCGAAUAAUGAAGUCCCUCAAGUUGAACAGAGCCCCCAAUCCUCUUUGCAAGACAUGGCGAAUAAUGAAGUCCCCCAAGUUGAACAGCACCAUCGAUCGCCUUUGCAGGACAUGGCUAAUAAUGAAAAGAGGUAUGUCAUAUUCUUGUUGUUGUCAUACCUCGAUGCUGAUAUGAAUUUAUUGCUUUAUGAAUGCCAGACCCACGAAGCGACGCAAGCAGGUAGUCCUGCAAAUCGCAUUACGUAG